CACCAGCAGUGAAGCUCCUCCCACUGCAGUUCAUCAAUAAAUGCUGGAAUAUUCCCAUCAGUCUACAAGUGAAGACCAGCAUCAAAUCAUCAGGAAGAAGUGAAAUCUGCAGAGACAGUUUAUCGAAGGAUAGAAAGAACAUGAGAGAUUCAGAAUCCUGCAGAAUCAAACACACCGAAGAAAAAACAGAGUUGACUGAAGAAAAAAAGGAGGAGGAUGAAGAACUGCGUGAAGAGGAGGAAAAACAUCAUGUCAAAACAGAACAGAAAGCUUUAAAGAAAAUAAGAGACAAGAAAUCAUACACCUGCCCUCAGUGUGGAGAGAGUUUGACAAACAAACAGAGUCUCCAGAUUCACAUGAGAGUUCAUGCAGGAGAGAAAUUGUUCACAUGUAAUCAAUGUGGAAAACCAUUUUUGUGGGCUUCAGCCCUGAAGAGUCACCUGAGAGUUCAUUCAAAGGAGAAACCAUAUUCAUGUCCUAUAUGUGGAAAUAGUUUUUCACUACUGAAUAAUUUAAAAGCUCAUCAGAAGAUACACACUGGUGUGAGAGAUCAUAUGUGCUUUGAGUGUGAGAAGACUUUUAUUACAUCUUCACAUUUGAAAAGGCACCAGAGGAUCCACACUGGAGAGAAACCUUACAAGUGUUCACACUGCGACAAGAGAUUCAUUCAUUCAGAAUCCCGAAAAGGACAUGAGAGGAUUCACACCGGAGAGAGACCUUACAUGUGUAAUCAGUGUGGUUCGAGUUUCAAACUAAAAGCUCAACUUAAGGUGCACAUGGGAGUUCAUACUGGAGAGAAACCGUUCACAUGUGAUCAGUGCGGGAAGAGUUUUGCACAAUCAGCAAAGCUGAAGAGACACAUGAAUGUCCACACUGGAGAAAAACUGCAUGAAUGUAAUCAAUGCGGAAAAACAUUUUUGUGGGAUUCAGGACUGAGGAGUCACCUGAAUGCCCAUUUAAAGGAGAAACCACAUUCAUGUUCUUUGUGUGGAAAGAGAUUUUCACAUCUGCAGAAUUUAAAACACCAUGAGAAGUUACACAAGGACGUGAGAGAAUAUAUGUGCUUUGAGUGUGAAAAGACUUUUGUUACAUCUACAGAACUGAAACAGCACGAGAGGAUCCACACCGGAGAGAAACCUUACAAGUGUUCACAAUGUGACAAGAGAUUCAGUCUCUCAGAAACACUGAAAAGACAUGAGAAGAUCCACACUGGAGAGAAACCUUACACAUGUGAUCAGUGUGGGAAGACUUUUAGACAUAAAUAUCAUCUUAAGGUGCACAUAAGAGUUCAUACGGGAGAGAAACCAUACCAUUGCACUGCAUGUGAGAAGAGUUUCGCUUGAUUAAUUUCUUUACACAAGCAUACGAAAAAAAUUCACAGUAAAUAAUUAUCUUCAGAUCUACCAUUUUCGGGUUUGACACCACAUUAAAUUAUAUACAAUAAUGUGUUGAUCUAUACAUUUUCUUCUUUACAAAUCAGUCCUAAUCCGUAUUACAAUUGACGGGGAAAAUAAACAUCAUCUGUUUUUUUCACAGUUGGUCUUCAAGACCAUCGGUUUCAUCUGUGAGGUUCUGAUCAACUUAAAGAUUAAGUUUCAUAUCCAAAGAACAGGAUUGUUUCGGCUCUGAUAAUGGCAUUUUCUGUGGAUCGGGUAUCGGUCAGAUGAGACUGAUCCAAAUCCGAUAUUGAGUGUGUACACUAUUUGGCAUUAUUGUUGAGCUCCACGAAAGGCACAAAAACAUUAUAAAACACCAAAACGUUUUCAUGUACACAUUUCAAGUGUUCUGAAGCUGAUCCCGUAGUACAAUGUGAAGUACAGAUUGAUAUUGAAAUCAUUAAAUACAAGUUCACAAACUUUUCUCUCCUGUGUGGCUGUGUGUCAUCGUCCAUUCAGCAAUCGUUCUGUUACAGUCAAAACGAUGAAACUCUUCAAGAGUGCAGAGUAAAUGAGGUGUAAAACCGUUUAAAGAAGAGGCUCAAUAAACUAACGCACAGAUUUAAUACACUAUGUAUCAAUAUCUCUUCCCUUUGUACUAGUCAUGUCCGGUUUGCGCACGAAUCGUUCGAUUUAACCGUUUUUUCUUAUUGAACCGGUUGUACCAGUUCAUCAAAUCUGUGGUUUGAACCAGUUUUGUCUCCAGUAAGCAUUAAUCCAUUAAGUAUUUUUUUUUCUUUUUAACGUGGCUGAUACACCCUCUGAGUCUAAAUGAACAAAUAUCUCGGAGUAGUUAAAAGAAACGUCUUUGAGACUUCUAUAUAAAUGUAUAUACUUGUUUUUUCAUUAAUGUAUUUUACAACAAAACAAAGUGUGUAUAAUGUUUAACAUUUUACCAUCCAUGAC